UUUGCACCAGCUCUGGGCUGUUCCAAUGCCCAUUUAGAAAUAGAUAUUUGCCAAUAGUUUGCUAAACGGAAAAAACUGGAGAAGAACACAACACAAAAACGUAUAUUUUCUGUGAGUCUGGGAUUACAAGUCAAAUACCUGAAACACAAUGGAGGAUUCUAUAACUAUUUACGGUUAUGAUGAAUUUGGGGAUUAUAACAAUUACACAUAUGACAAUGUCACUGGUAAUGAAGAGGUUGCUGCUUUCAAGACCCACACAACAUGCUUCACUGAGGUUUCCUGUGUCUUCUACCUGGUGGUCAAUGUGCUCAUCUUCCUGUUGGGAGUACUUGGCAACGGCCUGGUCAUCUGGAUCGCUGGUAUCAAGAUGAAGAGGACGGUCAGCACCACCUGGUACCUCAGCCUGGCCGUGUCAGACUUCAUAUUUUGUCUCUCUCUACCGUUCAACAUUGUCUACACGGUUACAAAUGACUGGACCUUUGGGCUGUUCUUGUGUAAGUUCAACUCAUUUGUGAUGUUUAUCAACAUGUUCAGCAGCAUCUUCAUCCUGGCCGUCAUCAGUGUGGACCGGUGUGUGUUGGUGGUGUUUGCAGUGUGGGCUCAGAACAACCGCACCAAUGGCAAGGCAUCUUUUGUGGUGUUCUUAGCCUGGAUUUCCUCUGUUGCCCUGAGCCUCCCCUCUGCAGUGUUUAGAGACAUUAAGACCCAUUUAGGGAGGAGCUUGUGUUACAAUAACUACUCAGGCCAACACAGUCACAAGACGAUCGCAGUGAGUCGGUUCAUCUGUGGCUUCGCAAUGCCCUUCCUCGCCAUCUUCUUCUGUUACUCCACUAUCAUUGCGCAACUACGGACCAGACAAAUGAUGAGGAAGUCCUCCAAGCCCCUCAGGGUAAUGACUGCGUUGAUAGCCGCAUUCUUCAUCUCCUGGCUGCCCUACCAUGUCUUCAUACUGCUUGAGCUGAACCACCAAACCUACAACCAGGAAAACAUCAGAGCUGGUCUUAUCAUUGGGACCACUGUGGCCGCAGCCAACAGUUUGAUUAACCCGGCGCUCUAUGUUUUCAUGGGCAAUGACUUCCAGCAGAAAUUCAAGAGCUCCAUGCUGUCUAAGAUUGAGAAUGCGAUCAGAGAGGAGGGAGGCACCACCAGCAGCCGCAGAACGUCCAUGUUUCUCUGAAAUGGAUGGGGAAGACAAAGACUUUGUUCAGCAGUGCUUAGCUUUGUAGAAAUGGUAUUAAAGCUGUAUUUUCUUUUGAUUGUCUACGUUGCCUCAGGUUAACAUUCUGCACAACAAUGCACCUCAUUAAGGGAACCAUGAAUUUUGAGGUAUACCAGCCCAUUUAUUUAAAUGAGGCCACCAGUCAAGGAACUAAAGCUCGGCCAAUAAAGAUUAUUCCAACCAGACAUGGAUCCAAAGAAUUAAAAGGUGUGUUUUGGGUUGGCCAAAUCGGUCCCGACUAUAAUCUGACUGAGAUUCUGUUGUAGGACCAGAAGGAGACAAUGCAUGCCAAAACCAGUAAAACCUCACUCAAUUGGCUGAGUUCUGCUGGAGGAAUGGACUAAAACAGAUAUCAGAGUCUGAUUAGUGGCUAUAGGAGAUGAUUAUUCCAAGUUAUUGCUGCUAAUAGAGGGGUUCACAUAUUUUCACAUGAAUGAAGGGGUUCACAUAUUUUCGCACACAUGUUUUUGUUAAAUGAACCACUUUGUUUAAUAAACAAUAUGCUG